UAUUUUAAUGAUAAUUUAAGUUUUAAAAAAAGAAAAGAAAGGAAGCAGACCUCAUGAUAAAUGCUUCAGUUCUCUUAUCUCUAUGUUAAGGAACAAUACAAAAGUUCAAGACAACGACAAGAAAAUUUACUCUUCUUAUCGGUUUACAACACUUUAUGUUAACAUAAAUUGCACUUGAACACACAUAUUUUCUUGUCAUGCUUUUAGUUCAGAGUAUCUUUAUUUUGGGAGUGUUUAAAUACUGCGUAUGUUCGUCAGAUACUAAGAGAUAUAUCCUUGGACAAUCACAAAGACUUAAACCUACAGAUCGUUCUGUUAGAGCAUUAUUACAGUACACAUACCCACGUGGAUCCUUAGCACAUAGCCUCGCUGCUGAUGACCAAUCAUCUCCAGCAAUACUUGUCGGUGAUGGAUCACAUGGAAUACCUAUUGGAUACAACAAAACAUACCGAAAUGUUUAUGUCAGUUCAAAUGGCCAGAUAGUAUUUGGACAAGAAAGCCAUUCUCUACAUCCAGAGAGGAUUUAUAAAGGACCGGACAUGCUGGCACCCUAUUGGACAGACCUGUAUCCAACAGGUGGUGAUAAUGGCUAUGUGUUCUACACAACUUACAGUGCUGACAAUCCGUUGGAUCAUGUUGUGAUUUCAAAAGCUAAUUUUGCUGUUCUCUAUAACAGUGGAAAUUCGGGAUUUUCUGCAAAGUGGGUUUUAGUUGUAACGUGGUGGAACACAAGAAUAGUGGAUUUUAUCGAGGAUCGAAUCACGAUUCAGUGUGUUGUAAUGACAGACUUUAUCACAACAUAUACAAUUUAUAACUACAUGGACGUAGAUGUUGAUCCGUCCCAGACCUCCAGACAAGUGGCCAUUGAAUAUAAGACUAAUCUGGCGUCAUUUCGUAACGAAAAUUCAUUCAAAGCCAACGCUUUCAACUUGACUAAAGUUCGUGGAAAUACAGGUGAAUAUGGUAUCUGGUUUUACACCCUAGCGGAUGAUAAUGAUUGCAAAUGGAAGCUUUGUCAAAAUGGAGGUUCUUGUAUUGAAAAAUAUGGCGGGUACCAAUGUUCAUGCUAUCCUGGUUUCACUGGAAUUAACUGUGAAAAUGAUAUCAAUGAAUGUCUGGACUCUCCAUGUUCCAAUGGAACAUGUGAAAAUAAUCCUGGAUCGUACAUAUGUGGUUGUGAUCUAGGUUUCACAGGGGAACUUUGCGACCAAGAUAUUAAUGAGUGUAACAGUACAAUAAUUCCCUGUAAAAAUGGUGCUUCAUGUUUCAAUGAUAUUGGGUCAUUUAAUUGCACCUGCGCACCUGGAUGGAACGGAACUUUCUGUGAUCAAGACAUCAAUGAGUGUGAAGAAGAGCCCUGUUUAUAUGGAACGUGUGUCAACACAGCGGGCUCCUAUUAUUGUAACUGCAGAGCUGGAAUAGGAGGACAGCUUUGUGACGAAGAUGUGAAUGAGUGCGUGAAUGCACACCCAUGUGAAAAUAAUGGCACUUGUGUUAAUACUCUUGGAACCUUCAAAUGUACAUGUACUCUGGGUUACGUUGGGUUGACUUGUAGUUACGAAAAUAACAAAAUUGUGGCUGAUACGAUUUCUUUAUCAUAGAAAUUCUCAGAACUUGCUAAUUUCUGAUAUUAAAACAUAAUUCCACUUUUAAAAUAUACUGUUUUUUUUUUU